AUUGUUCGUCUGUUACCUUGUGCGCGAACAGAGCUUUUUGCGCCUCGAUGAAAGGUCCUUUUUGCGUCACUGUGUCGUUUUCUUUCGACGAACGCGAGCAGUUCACUGCGCAUGUGCUUGGGGCUGUAGAUCUUGUUUAAGGCCUCCACUGGCGGGUGAGUCAUGACGCCGCCCGGAAGUGCGACAGCGCCCCUGCUGAUGCUCCUGAUGAUCACGGCGCAGAGAGUGACCUCGCAGGAGCGCGGGCGUCCAAGCAGUCCAGGCGGGAUUCCUCAGGACCACGCAGAGGCCAUUUCCCUCGGCGGCGACCCUCUCGAGACCAAGGGCGAACGGGGGCCGGAUCUCUGGGUACGGAAGGCCUCAGACGAGCAGCCGCGGCCGAUGAGGUUCACUUUAUACGAGCCCGGAAGCUUUCAGCGUCCACGAGUGAGAGGAACAAACGACAGAAAAGGAUCUGAUAAAGGAAACACGAAGAAGGAGGUAGAGAAGAGAAUCGGGGACAAGGCAGGCGGCGACCGACAGAAGCAAUCUUCAGGUAAGAGUGAGUCAAGCAAAACAAGAACACGAAAACGAAAGGAAAAGAGAGCAAAAUCAAAGAAAAAACAAAAAAAGAUGAAGAAUAAGGUUAAUAAGAAGACGCUUAAAAAGGGCAAAUCGAAAAAGGCUUCCCAGAACAACAAUACUGCAAAACAUAGAGGCAAAAAAGGCUAUUCCCAAAAACGUAACAAAAAACAAAACAACAAGGAGGCAAGGGAACCAAAAGAAGAAAAGGGAAAGAAUAUAAAGAAAAAAUCUCUCAAAAAGAAAACAGGCAAGUCAAACGCAAAAAAGCCAAAAGAUAAGAUCAAGGUUUCAAACACAAAACCGAAAAUACGACAGGUAUCAGCCGAGAGCUGUGUCUCCAGCACCGAGGUCGGCGUGGGGGAGGUGGUCGCCGUCGAGGGGCCGGGCAGCAGGAAGGCGGUCGACUGUAAACACACGAUUCGGACACGCAAAGGCAACACGCUGAAAAUGACUUGCCCGAGAUUCAGCCUGUCCCCAGGGCGCUGCAAGGACGAGAGGGUCGUCAUCAAGGAGAUCGGGAAAGGCAAAUUCAAAAAGAAAUAUUGCAAGGGUGAAAUUCCGGGCGAGGACGUGAGCGAAGCGGCCCUAAGGGCGGUGACCUUCGUGCACCGAAGGGCCAAGCUGAAGGGCAAGCAGUGCGCCGUCGGGUUCCUGUGCCUCUUUUCGGCGUCUGAGAUUUCUGGCAAAGUGAGCGAAUGUGGGGGAAAAUACCAGCUACAAGAAGGGGAGUCGAUGAUCGUGGCUCCGGCGACGUUUGGAGAUAAGAUUUCGUGUAAAUACACCUUCAAGAGCCCGCCAGGUUCGACCCUUGCCCUCAGCUGCCCUUCCUUUAAUCUCAAUCAACGAGGCUGUGGACGCGAGCGGGUCAUCGUCAGAGAAAAAAAGGCUAAAUAUAAAAAGAAAUUUUGCAAAACAAGCAAUCCAGCGAAAGAGCACGGCCAAACGACCUCUAACAGCCUCACAUUAACUCACAAGAGGAAGAAACUCAAGGAUAACGACUGUGAGACAGGAUUCUGGUGCCAAGUGUCCGUUGUGAAAGGGCAAUCUGUGACUGAGCAGCCAACCAUAGGGCAAUCUGUGACUGAGCAGCCAACCAUAGGGCAAUCUGUGACUGAGCAGCCAACCAUAGGGCUGCCUAUUACCGAUAAGCCGAUAGUUGGACAACCAGUGACUGAUAAGCCAUCAAUAGGGCAGCCUGUCACCGAUAAGCCAAGUCAAGAACCAACUACGAAGCCAAAUCCCCAAACUACUCCACAGCCAACCAGUAGCCAGGUUCACGGAAUUAUAACAACAGUCUCAAUUCCUCAAGGGUCAACAUCGACAACAGAGCCACCGACGUCUGUACAGUCUACAGUCUCAAAGGGAACGUCAGCACAACUUUCAACACCGAAACAAACACUUACACAGCCAGCAGCAUCAACACAAACAAAUUCACAACCUUCAGUCUCGACACAGACAGUGCAACCUUCACAGACAUCAAAAUCGCCACAGCCAUCAACGCAGUCUCCAACUUCAACAAAAACACCAACGCAAACCACGACGUCGACACAGGCAUCGACGCAAACCACGACGUCAACACAGGCAUCGACACUAACUACGACGUCGACAAAGGCAUCGACGCAAACCACGACGUCGACACAGGCAUCGACGCAAACCACGACGUCAACACAGGCAUCGACACUAACUACGACGUCGACAAAGGCAUCGACGCAAACCACGACGUCGACAAAGGCAUCGACGCAAACCACGACGUCGACACAGGAAUCGACGCAAACCACGACGUCGACACAGACAUCGACGCAACCUGCAACGUCAUCCCAGAUAUCACCACAUUCUUCAACGUCGACGGAGACUUCUACGCAACGAGAAGCAUCAACCAACACCACUGCAAUUGCAUUCCAAACAAGAUUCUUCUGCGACACAUGUGGGUCGGUGCCUUCCGCCUCGGGUGCGAGGGUCGUGGGGGGGCAGGACGUCGCGGUCGGGGAAUACCCUUGGAUGGCGCUCGUGUACGUGAGACGCAGCAGCGAGAGAGUUUCGAUCUGUGGCGCCUCCCUCAUCAAGUCUCGGUGGCUCUUGUCUGCGGCUCACUGCUUCUAUAACGUUGGGUACGACUUGGUGGCGGUAUUCCUUGGCGACCACGAUAUCUCGAAUAACACGGAAGUGCCCACUACCGUCGGAUCCGUCAAGAGCAUUGUCUUACACCCGCAGUAUGACCCUAAAACGUUCGACAACGACGCGGCGCUGAUCGAGCUCCAGGCGGACGUCGCGUUCACUCCGCUCAUUGCGCCCGUGUGCCUGGCGGCGGCCGAGGACGUGGAGGACGCGACGAAGGCUGUCGUCACUGGCUGGGGCGACACGUCCUUCGGAGGCGACCUCUCCCCGGUGCUGCAGGAGGUGGAGCUCGACCUCAUUUCCAACGCCGAGUGUCGGGCCUUCUACCAGCAGACGACACUCGCCAUCACCGACAACAUGAUGUGCGCCUACACGGAGGGCAGGGACGCAUGCCAGGGCGACAGCGGCGGGCCCCUGGUGAGCCAGCUCGCCGACGGCCGCUGGGUCCAGCUGGGCGUCGUCAGCUUCGGCGUCGAGUGCGCCAAGGUGGGCAGCCCCGGCAUCUUCACGCGCGCGAGCCUCUAUGUCGACUGGAUCAUCAACGUCACGGCGUCAGACAGCUGUUAGGACACAUGGUGUCCGUCGAUUACUGAUGCA